AUGGCUUUCGUAUGUGGAAAAACACACUGCAGCUUGUCCGCCCUAAUUGAAAACAGGAUUUUCAGUGUUCAUGGUGGUCUUUCUCCUGCCAUUUCAACAUUGGAUCAGAUACGAACUAUUGAUCGGAAGCAAGAAGUACCUCAUGAUGGUGCUAUGUGUGACCUCCUAUGGUCAAAUCCUGAAGAUAAUGUGGAUGGAUGGGGGCUGAGUCCCCGUGGUGCUGUGGUAAUGGAAGGAUAAUGGAUGUUCAAUAACCAGAUAGUUACUGUCUGGUCAGCUCCAAAUUAUUGCUACAGAUAUGGUAAUGUAGCUGCAAUUCUGGAGUUGAAUGGGAAUCUUAAUAAGCAGUUCUGUGUGUUUGAUGUUGCUCCACAGGUUGGUAGGCAAAAUCACUUCAUAUUGAUUAUCAUUUUAUCAACAGGGGUACCUGCUAACAUUGACUACUACUUUUAA